UACUGUUCGCGGGGAAAGCAAGUACCAGAGAGCAGCACUCUGGUGAUUGGAGAUGAAGACAUCAAUAAAUCGCUUUUAUUCCUGACAGCUGUAACAGCAGCUUCAGAAAUGGGGUUGAGAGUGCUGUUUUUCACCAAGAAUCAAAUCCAGAGCCUUCCAGUAACUGUGAAGGAUUUAUCUAUAUCUUUGAAGCCUGACAGUUUGAAGAAAAUCAGGUUUGUGUAUCCCAAGACAUUAGAAGAGCUCCUGGAGGACGUGGCGUCUCUUCAUGAACUGGUGCUGGAGAAUGCACCUCUUCCCUCUUUGCUGAUCGUAGAUGGAUUGGAGCAGUACGUGUGUGUUCAGGACCGACCGCAGCAAGAUUGUCAGAGCACCUCUGCUCACGUUGUAGCCCUCCUGCAUGACACGGCUGCUUUCCUCAAGGCCAGAAGUGAGAAAAGCCAACAACCUUCAUGCAGGGUGAUUGUCUCUUAUCAGCCUGUGUGGGAAGGCAGAGGAGGCGACGUGGACGCCCCGGAUCCUAUCUUCUUAGUCCUGGAGCGCUACCUGCAGGUGAGAUGCAAUUUACACAAGGUGAUGGUCAGUGGAGAAGUGCAGAACGAGUGGCUGCUGUAUCUCUCAGGUCCAGGACUGAAAGUUGAUGGCUGUGGUAAUGGAGAGAAAUACCCGGGAUUGCAGUGGCGUGUGGUGAUGCAGCCUAAUGGGGCGCUGGAGUUCAGGCCAGAAAAUGCAGCAAAAGAGGAGACUUCACAGGUGCAACCUUCUGAUUGUGGAAAUAAAGCAUGACACGUUGCGGAGUUUAUUGCGUUUUAUUUGAAUAAUACUGUAUUUAUAGUUAGAAGUACAGGACGUUUGUGCUGCACACCCAGAGACAAAUUAGUAUAUAAUGCUAUUAGUAUGUUAACUAGUUGAAUUCAUGAAUUCUUGUAAAUUAGGAUUGUUUUUCAUGGUUAAAUUAUUGAAAUAUUUUUUUGUGCUGAGACAGAUUUUUCAGUGAAUUAAAAUCACUGAAUCGGCCAAUAUGAGGAUGUGAUCAAUUGUAUCAUAAUGUGCUUUUCUGAGAUAGCGUUUAUAUUUUUUCCUCUCAUUUUGGCACUUAGAAUAGAAAUUUUUAAAUGAAAACAUUAAAUAGAAAUCAAAAUCUAAGUUUAUAUGUAUAAUGAAAUAUUUUGCUACUGUAUUGUGUUUUGUAAGCAAAUGUAUACACUGUGAUAAGAUUGAAUAAAUAAAUAAAAAAAGGGGUGGAAAGUAA